AUGGCCACAAACAUGCUGGUUACAGAGUGCCUGGUGAUAGCGGCAUUGACGUACGUGGUUGUAUCUUCUUUCUACAACCUGUACCUCCACCCGCUGGCGAAGUUCCCUGGGCCUUUCUGGGCCCGGGUCUCACUGCUCUGGCGAUUCUGGCACACCAUGGGCGGCCGCUGGCACAGAGUGUUGGAGGAGCAGCAUCGUAUGUACGGUCCCGUCCUCCGAAUUUCCCCCAACGAGCUCGCCUUCUCAUCUGUCACAUCCUGGCAAGCAAUCUACGGCUUCCCGCCGGCCGGGCAGUCUCACGUGAUCAAGAGCGAGUUUUAUGAAGUCUUCGGGGCUGGGUUCGACGUCCCUUGUAUUGGAUCAGAGAGGAACCCCACCGAGCACGCCCGAAAGAAAAAGUCCCUCGCCGCUGCGUUCUCCACCAAAGCCCUCACAGCGCAGGAGCAUAUUGUGCAACGCUGUUGGGAUGACUUCAUCUCCAAAAUCGGCCCUGUCAGCCAGCGCGGCCCCCGAGGGGCCAACGUUGUCAGCUGGUUCGAGAUGGUCACGUUUGAUAUCCUGGGUGAGAUGGCGUUUGGUGAGAGCUUUGGCUGUGUUGAAAAUGGAGGUGAGACCACGGCACACUCUUUGUCAUCAGCCGUGUACUACCUUUUGAAGACACCAGCAGCUCUCGACACAUUAAAGUCUGAGGUCAGAAGCCGUUUUCAAUCGUACGAGCAGAUAGACGCCACCGCUGCGUCACAGCUGCCAUAUCUCCAAGCCGUCAUCCAUGAGGCCUUGCGCAUCCAUCCCUCCGGAGCCCAGGGCUUCCCGCGCAUCUCCCCCGGCGUGGUCAUCGACGGCAACUACAUCCCUGCUGGGACCGAGGUAUUCACCAGCGCUUGGGCGGUGAUCCAUGAUCCGGCCAAUUUCCACGACCCGCUGGCUUUCAAACCGGAGCGGUGGCUCGAUCCGGAUUGCACCGAUACGAAAGAGGCCAGCCAGCCCUUUUCACUCGGAUACCGAGCAUGCCUGGGCAGAAACUUUGCUUGGAUGGAGAUGAACUUGUGCCUGGCCAAGUUGGUCUUCCAGUAUGACUGGGAACUUGUGGACCAGAGUCUCGACUGGGAGGCUGCGUCUCGUUUUUAUAUCAUGUGGAAGAAAGCUCCGAUCAACGUUCGAUUCACUGAAUGCUCUACGAAGUAA